AUGUCGUCCAUCUUCGCCUCCCCGAACACAGCCGUUAUCACUGGUGGCGGCUCUGGUAUCGGCCUAGCCAUCGCCCGGAAAUGUCUCCACCACAGGAUGAAGGUCAUCAUCGUCGAUCGCGAUGCUCAGCUUCUCGACGCAGCCAAGUCCGAUUUGAAGGGAGAUGUUACCACCUUUGAACUGGACGUCAGCAUCUUGCGGGACUGGGGCAAGUUAAAGGCAGAGAUCGACGCUGUAUUCGGAGGCCGAAUUGACUUGUUGGUCCUGAAUGCCGGUGUUGGAGGCAAGUCCGGCUGGGAGGACGUGAGCAGCUUUCACCGCAUACUCGACACUAAUCUUUUCGGCGUCAUCAACGGCAUCAGCACUCUGCUACCUCUUGUGGGCAACGGUCAAUCUUCCCAAUCGGCUGUCGUAAUUACGGGCUCCAAACAAGGUAUCACUAACCCACCAGGAAAUCCGGCCUAUAAUGCCAGCAAGGCGGCCGUCAAGACCCUCGCUGAGCAUUUGUCACACGACUUGAAGGACACGGCUACGUCGGUCCACCUUCUUGUCCCGGGCUGGACGUUCACCGGGCUCGCCGGUGCAAAUCACUUCAAGGAGAAACCGGCAGCCGCCUGGACCCCUGAACAGGUCGCCGAGUACUUGGGACAGAAGAUGGAGACCGGCCAAUUUUACAUCAUAUGCCCUGAUAACGAGGUGACUGAGGACAUGGACCGUAAGAGGAUCCUUUGGAGUGCUGGGGAUAUUGUCAACGGCCGUCCCCCGCUGAGUAGGUGGCGUGAGGAUUACAAGGAUGAGGCGACGGCAUGGAUGGCAAAGAACUGA